AUGAUUAAACAAUUAUCAUUUGCCUCCGCGUUUAUUGCCUUUGUGCUUACAACCUUCGUUCAAGCAACUGAUAUUAGCAAUGUUUUCCAAAGCUUUGACAGUUUAACUUGGCAGAAUGGAGCAAACUAUAGGUACAGAACACCAGCAGCUCCAAGUUGGAUUGCACAAUUGUCUUGGCACAUAUUAGGUUCCAAUGUCAAACCAGGUGAUACAUUCACAUUGAACAUGCCAUGUGUAUUCAAGUUUACCACCUCUCAAAAGACUGUUGAUUUGAAAGUAGGCGGCACCGUGUAUGCCACAUGCCAAUUUGCUCCAGGUGAUUUAGUCGUUGCAUAUUCACAAUUGAAAUGUACUGCCAGCGAUAAUGUUAAAGAUAGCACUGAUGCUACUGGUACUGUUAGAUUCCCUUUCACAUUCAAUGUUGGUGGGUCUGCUGGUGCAGUUGAUUUGCAAAACUCAAAAUGUUUCACACCAGGUACUAAUGAAGUAACUUUUACUGAUGGUGAUAAAAAGUUAACCGUAAUUGCCAAUUUCCAAGGUGGUUCCAAUACCAAUACAGGCUCAACCGAAGAUAUCGUAUACAGCAACCGCCUUGUUCCAACCUUGAACAAGCAGCAAUUAUACUUAUUGGGAGGCACGUGUCCAAAUGGUUACAGAAGGGGAACGUUGGGAAUCACAACCGUAGGGGGAACCUUUGAUUGUUCUAGUAUUCACUCAGCGAUCACAAACAAUUUGAAUGAGUGGUUCUUACCAGAGGUGGUAGAGACUAUUUUAGCUACAUCCCGCUGUAAUGGCCAAUCAUAUACAAUCAAUUACGACAACAUUCCCGCUGGUUAUAGACCUUUUAUCGAUAUUUUAAUUUCGCGUCCAGUAGGUCAAGUAUUACGCACAACUUAUACAAAUAGAUUUCAAUGUGCAGGUCUGCUCACCACUACUGACAGGUCCUUGUCAGUGACUUGGGCAGAAUAUAGAAAUAACGAAGCUGGUGCUAAUGGUAAUGAGGUCGUUGUUACUACAUCUACAUGGCUCGGAUCAACUACUGCUGUGACUACAUUGCCUUUCAACACUGAACCAGGUAACACGAAAACAAUCCUUGUCGAAGUGCCAAUACCAACAACUACGGUUACCUCAAGUUACACUGGAUACUCGACAUGGACUACGACAAUCACUGCCACGCCUGGUGAAACGGCCACAGUCCUUGAAUGGGACCCAAUUACUCCUACUAGCUCAAGCGAGCCACCAAGCUCAAGCGAGCUACCAAGCUCAUCAGAACAGGAAUCUAGUUCGGAACUACUAAUCUCAAGUGAACCACGAAGUUCAGAACCACCAAGCUCAAGUGAACCACAAAGUUCAUCAGAACUGAAAUUUAGUUCAGAAAUACCAAGCUCAAGUGAACCACCAAACUCAUCAGAAUCACCCUCAAGUUCAGAACCUUCAAGCGCAUCGGAACCACCAAGCGCAUCGGAACCUUCAAGCGCAUCGGAACCACCAAGCGCAUCGGAACCUUCAAGCGCAUCGGAACCACCAAGCGCAUCGGAACCACCAAGCGCAUCGGAACCACCAAGCGCAUCGGAACCACCAAGCUUAUCAGAGCCUAGCUCUUGGAUACCAACCCGUUCAUUAGCGAUCUCAGUUUCACUGGUACCACCACGUUCAUUAGCGGCCGCAAUUUCAUUGGUACCAUCAGUUUCACUGUCACCCGCAUCUUCAUUCGCACCAGCAAACUCAUCAAAACCAUCAUUAAGCCUAAAGCAGACCUUGAGCUCAGAGAAUUCAACCUCUUCAAAGCCAAUAAACUUAAAAACAUCUACCUUGCUUGAGACAGCGUCAAGUAGUGAAUUUCCCCCGAGUUCAUUGGAGGCUGUAUCAAGUAGUUUACCAUCAAGCUCAUCAAAGAAACCAACCUCAUUAGCCAUCACCUCAAGUACAGAAGCACAAUCAAGCUCUUCCAACUCAGGUUUUUUGUCUCAGACACAAGCUACACUAAAUGAUCAAUCAUUGUCCUCGACAACUCCAGCUUACCGAAAUGGUACAAGUCUCAUACAAGAAUCUUCCAUUCCACCCAUUUUAGAACCCACAACUACUUACAUUGAAGAACGAUCUACAAAAUCUGCUAUCGACGUGACACCUUCAUUCAGUGAAUCAGAAAGUACAUCAUUAGGUAUUACGUCGGACAGUAAAAGUACCACGGUAGGUGUCAGAAGUGGCGGCCAGGAAUCUUCUACUACAUCAAGUUUUGCCGAAACUGGCCAUGAAAACAAGGACGCAUCGUCUACUACCAGAAGUAACAUUGAAACUGGAAACGUGAACGUAGAAGUAUCGUACACUACUUCAAGUGCUAUAGAAACUCAAAAUGGAACUGAACAAAGGUCUUCUGCAACAUCUGUGCAAACCUGCUAUGGAAGUGAUAUCACAAUGGGAACCACGCCAACUUCAUCAGGGACUAUCACCCCCACCAGUUCUAUUAGCUUGGUUUCUGUAACAACUAACACACAACUACCUAGUUCUUCAUUUACUCCUUCAACCAACAAUGGGAAUGACAAUGAUGAUGAAGAUGGAGGAAAUAGAGCAAAUGCAUCUGGGAAUAGAUCCGGUAACGAUGAAAAUAAUUCCAGCGAUAGAAUUCAAGAAGAACCUGACAAGCAAGCAAGCAACGAAUAUGGUGGUGAAUCAGGAAAUGCAUCCGAAGAAAAAAAUGGAGCUGGCAUGAUUGGAUUGGGAGAUAAAUCAAGUAACGAAUCGGGCGAUGGAUCAGGUUAUGAAUUAGGUUUAGAGACGCACAACAAUGAAAACGAUUUGAAAGAAGGCUCAAGUAAGGCAUCAGGUGAUCGUGGUGAAGGAUCGGGAAAUACAUCAAAUUAUGGAUCUAAGGAAACAUUAAGUGUGUCUGUUACAAGGACAAAUGGUGCAAUUAUUGUAUUGAGCUAUGAAGGAAAUGGACCUAUCGAGAAAGUUUCUACAUUGUUGACUGGUCUUUUUGUUGUUUUCUCCUUUUUUAUUUAG